AUGACCUCGACAACUAUGACACAAUGCGAAGCAUUGGAACUGGGUAUUAAACUAACAUGUCGUUUGAACGAUACCGAUGUGGGAUUGAAACCACUUGAUCAUCUCAAUACAUUAUUGGAAUCAUAUAAACAUUUGAUGCCAGUUCUAAGUGGCGAACUCACUCAAACGAAUAUUUCAACUUUUGUAAACCAAACGAUUGAAUGCAUUCCUGAUCCGAAUAUGAAACGAUUUCUUAAGCCAAUAUCAAAUGCAUUGAACAGUUUGACUAACAACAGUAAUCCAACGAUGACUGUCAUUGAUGAAGUUCUUAAUUUAAUACCAGAUGAGCAGCUCUCCAAUCAAGCCAAAGCUAUCUUAGGAUCGACCCCAGAAAUAAUUGUUGGUGAUGUCAAACAAAAAAUUAUCGAAUUAGCACAAGAAAUCAUUUCUAUAGACUCAUCUGAGAUCAGUUUGGGAAGAAUACUUGAUCGAGGAAUAGAAGAACCAAUUCAAGCACUCAAAUCGAUUUCAGUUUUGCUUCCAGAAAAUCUUCGAUUGGGAUUCAAUGAAGGCAUCAAACAGUUGGCUUCUUCAAAGGCGAUACAAAAUCAAGUCAUUGAAACGAUAACUGAUUUGUACGGAUUGGAAACAGGAAAUGUUCUACAAGUAUCGUUGAAUGCAUUGAAUUCAUUGUCAAUUGACAAACUGCAAUCAUUAAAGUAUCUCGCACAACUAUUACCGAACAAAGAGACCCAAGCACUUUUUGAAAAAAUAGAACAGUUCAGCCAGUUAGAAACAUGCGAAUUAAAAGAUGUGGUCAAAACAACGUUUGAUUUAGCUUCAGUUCUGGCACCAAAGAAAACAUCAGCAAUGCUACAUACUGCCGCAAAUGUAUAUGAAAAAUUGACGAAUCAUCAGGAAAUCGAUGCAAUCAAAGAAGCUCUCACACUUAUUCCACAUAUACCGGAACAAGCUCAAAAGAUUUUGACAUCAUUAACUCAACUAACGAAGCAACCAAUAACGAAAGAAAAUCUACUUGGUUGUGCUUUUGAUGCAGCUAUUGGUAUAGUCGACGAGAAAACGGCGAAGUCACUGGUCGUUGCACAAAAUGCAAUUAAUCAAAUACAAAAUAAUGAUCUACAAGGAGCAAUUCAUUCGAUAGCAAAUGGAUAUUUUCCGGAACAUGCCAAGAAAAUUGAUACAGCCGUCACAAUAGCAAACUCAGCUGCUCAAGCUCUUUCACAAACAAAGGAUCCCUUACAAGCAUUGAAUACUCUCUUGAAUGACGAUAAUCUAAAGUCGUGUUUGCCGCCCGAAAUACAAAAAGUCUAUGGUAUAGCUCAAGAGGUACAAACAAUUAUUAAACACAAAGAUAUGGCAACUGAAGAUUUAGCGAAACAUGCAUUAAACUUGGGAGCCUCAUUUUUGCCACCAGAAUAUGCUGAGAAAGUUCACGUAGUGAUCGAUGUAAUCGAUUCGAUUCAAUCGAAGAAUCCACAAAAAAUACUUGACCACUCGGUGAAUGCAAUUAGUACUUUUCUUCCAGAGGAGGUUCGUCAUGUUGUUCAAUCAGCUAUGCCAUUACUACAUAAAAAGCUCAAUAAUCAAGCGAUUAGCUACGAAGACAUGAUUGAUGUGGCGGGCUCCAUCAUUGGUGGUAAAGGACAACAAAUACUGACCGCUACCAAACCAUUGGUGAAAUCGUUAAUAUCUGGAAAGCCUCUGUCGGGCGAUCAUUAUCUCGACUUAGCUACCAAUCUACUCGCUGCAGUUGGUGUAGAUAAGAAAGUAGUCGAUGUGAUACAAAAAGCAGGAACUGUGUACAAAAAUAUUAAAAAAAUUACAGAAUGUGUUUCAGCCCUAUCAAAGGCAACAACAUUGGCCGCAAAAGCAGCUCAAAUCAGUUCGAUUGCAACAGCUGCAAUGUCAAUUAUCAUUGACCUCAUACCUGGUAUACCAGAGCCUGUUAAACAUGCCUUUGCAAUUAUUGCUGGUAUAGCUGCAAUCCUAAUGGCUACAAAUCCAAUCGGGCUCGUACUAGCGGCUAUAGGAUUGGCUUUCUCUAUCUUCAGUGCAUUCAGUGGAUUGUUUGGUGGAGGUGGCGGUGGAAAAGGCGAUGGAGGUGGCGGUGGAAAAGGCGGUGGAGGUGGCGGUGGAAAAGGCGGUGGUGAUGGCGGUGGAGAUAGUGGUGGAGGUAGUGGUGAAAGUGACAGUGGAGGUAGCGGUAGAAAAGGCGGCGAAAGUGGUGGUGCAGGUACUACUGGAACUAACGGUGAAAGUAGUGGCGCAGGUACCACUGUAGCUGGCGGUGGAAGUAGCGUUGGUAGUCGUCCUGGAGGUGGAAGCAGUAGUAGCGAUAUCAGUAGUGAAGCCAAUAGUAAACCAAACGGCACCAGUAGUGAUAGUGGAGCCAGCAGCACAACAGGUGGAGCCAGUGUCAGUGGAGCUAGUGGCAAACCGAGCGAUGCCAAUAAUGAUAGUGGGACCAGUGGUAAACCGAGUGGCGCCAGUGGUGGCAGUAGAAUGAUGUCGUCAAUGCCAACCGUAGCAUCAGACAGACCUAGUCGAAGUUCACCAACAAGGGACAUUACUUCUAGUCAUACUAGUAGUGAGAACCCAUUGGCUGACGGACGACCAAAAAAACCGGUCGACGCAGCAUUUUCUGAUUCACACUCUGCUGAACCAGUAAGCCCUCUCUUGAUGAGUGAGCCAAGUUCCCAGGCUAAAGAAGAAGCAAUAACCGAAGUAAAAACACUGGCAUCAGAAGCAACCGAAUUGAGUAAAAAAUCAGAGCAGCAAGUUUCGAGCAUAGUCAAGGAAGAUGAAUUAGUAUUGUCAGAAAUGAUAACAUGUUUAGCAACAGCAACUACAAUCAACAAUAAAAUUCAAGCAGCAAUGAACACUCUACAGCAAAUGGCCGCGAACAAUAUGAAAAAAGAAAUCGAUAGUUUAGCUCAAACAACGUUAUCUCAAGUUAUCGAAACAUCAUUGCAGUUGUAUCAAUCCUUGGAGGUAAUUGAUAAAUGUUCAGGCGACGUCAAUGGUCAUAUAAAACGAAAAUGUCAAGAAAUACAGAAGGAUUUAAUUCAAGUUUUAGAUAAGCUCAGUGGAUCAGAUGCCUUGCGCAAAAUGUGUAAAUUAAGUAAGAAAAAUGAUUUGGUUGAUGAUUACAAUAUACCUGAAGAUGGAAAUAUUUCUGACUUACCUGAUCAAGUACAAGGCCAGCAACAAAGAACAAAUCUCGAUAAUAUCAAACAACUUCUGCAAGGAUUUGAAGAUUCGAAAUUUGAACAAGGUCAAAUAAUCGGCAACCCGGUAUUACAUAAAUUAGGCAUUCAGUUGAAUAGUCUUUUAUCAAAUCAUGAAAAUGAGUUGAAUUCUGUGUUUGACGAUGGUAACGGGGAUAUUGAGAAAUCUGAUGAUGAUCAGCAAACAUCUGCAACAGAGGGUUCAACGACCGCCAAUCGUGAUGUGACCCUAGUGAUAGAUGAUGAAGGAAGAGUUGAAAAUUCCGAACCAGAAAAAACUUUACCAAAAGCAGAGAUCAAACCUGGUGGUACAGUUCGAGUUCAAGUUGGCAAUGAAGUCGGUCCAAAUCCUGCAGCCACCGACACUAAAACGAAAGAUGAAAAUAAAACAGUAAAAAUUAGUAAAAAAGACUUGGAUAAAUUGAAAGAACGUUCCGACAAUAUGUAUGCAAGUCUUCUUCAAUCAGUUAAUAAGUACGAUAUUGGAAAGAUCAGUGAAAAUUGUGAUCCUGAACAUAUACCCGAUACCAAAUUAGAUAAGCCUCGAUAUGCACUAUUGGCUCGACUUACACGAAAUAUUCAAGGUAUGUUAUUAACACGUUUACGUUCAGCAUUAACUAAACAAUAUAGUAAACAACAAACUGAACAAGACGAUCUACAAUUUGAAUUUGUAUUUUGCGUCGAUAAUAGUGGAAGUAUGAGUGGAAAGAAAAUACGAGAAGCAUUGACUACAUUGGUGAUUCUUAUGGAAACAUUUCAUCGUCUCGAAUGGAAAUUUGCUGUCCUUCGAUUUGGCGCUGAACAAAAAAUCCUUAAAUCUCUAGGACAUGAAUCGAUGUAUGAUACUGUUGAAUCAGGAACAAGCGGAACUACCACCACUGAAACACUUAGUCUUCAAGAAAAACAAUUGGCACGAGGUCAGUACAUUCUCGAAUCGUUUACUACGGAUGAGAAAACACUACCUGCAACGGCUUUGAAACAAAUAGCUGAAAAUAAAGAACUUUUCGGUAGUAGAGUGAAACCUUAUGUCAAACGUUUUAUAAUUAUGAUCACUGACGGUAUCUCAGCUCAAACAGAUACAGACCUAUUUACAACUCAAUUACAAAACGCACAUGCAGAUCUUUAUAUGGUUUGUAUUAUACCCGAAUUACCGAAAUCUGACGAUAGCAAAUAUUCCGACGACUAUAAGAAAUUUGCUCUUGAACACGAGAAAAAAGCGAAAGAAUUCAUACAACGUGUAGCACCUGAACGAAAUCAAUUAAUUGAAAUCGGACAAUUGGAUACUUUAACAAAAACCGUUGUUGCUGAUCUCAUUGGCAUUAUUGAACAAUCGAUUUUGGAUUAUACAAAUCUUUCUAUUGCUCGUCAAACUACUACAUCGACGAAUAAUGCAAUUAAAUUUCAACCAUUACACGCCUUCACAGUAUCGGAUGUAAGAAAUGUCGAUUUAUGGAGACAUCCAGAAAUUGCAUACGCCGGUCAAUUCUAUGUAAACGAUUCCAGACAAAAACUUGAACAGCAAGCACUACAACAACAAAUGGAUAUUGACUUUUCAAUUGCUUCAAAUGAAUUCAUAGAAAAUGUUGAUAAAACAAUGGAGGGACUUGAAAAAAGCUAUUCAAAUUUGGAACUGCAUGACAACAUACUUGUUGAUACAGAUAAAGUCUUACAACAAAUUGAACAACAACUCGAAACAUAUAUUGGUGAAAUGGUACGAACAAUGGAAGACAAUGUUCUUCCAGCUUAUAAACCAACACAAUCUCUGCCAGAUACAAGAGGCAAUCGAUUAUUCAUUCCAGGUAUUGUUAAAUUUAUUUGCACCCAAGGACAAUACAAUAGAAUCUAUUUAAACCAAAUUGGUUCACAAAAACCAGAAUAUCGUAUUGCGAUUCUUCUUGAUCAAUCGGUAUCGAUGACUGGACCAACAUAUUUUUCAUCUGUCGACAUGUUGCUUUCCAUUUGCGCAGCAUUGAACAAAAUAGGCAUUGAAGAUUUUAAUGUUUUGACAUUUGGAAAACGUAUAGAACUAAUCAAGAGUUACAAACAAAAUUAUGAUCGAUUAUUCGUACAUCAUCUAUUGAAAGCAUUAAAAAUUGAUGGUGAAACAACAUUGUUAAGUGAUGCCAUUUUUGCUGCAUCCGAAUUACUACAACAACAAUCGACAUAUAACAAUAAUCAUGGACCUAUGUUUAUUUUUGUUUUAACUGAUGGUUAUGAUAAACGUGGAAGUUUCAUACAUCGUAUCAUUGCUCAUGCAGAAAAACUUUCAAUUACAGUUAUCGGCAUUGGUCUUGGUCUUGAAUCAAAUGGUGUCUGUUUGUCGUUCAAUGAUUGGAUUAUUGCACAAAAUCCACGUCUAAUUUGUGAUGCAUUAAUUAACUGGUCGAAUGAACAAAGUGAUGGACGAACACCGAAUGAUCCAUUAUAUCAUUUAGAUAAGACAUCAACAUUUAUUGGGGAUGAUAGUAAGGUCUAUUCAUCGCCAGCACAAGUAUGGAAUGAAGAAAUGAAAACACAUUUUGAUGCUAUCACGCAAAAUACGAAACGUACAAUUGAUUUAACAUUCUCAACCAAUGUUCAUAAUACACCACUAACCGUUGAAAUUUGUUUCGUGAUGGAUUGUACGGGUUCAAUGGGAAAUUGGAUUGAAGCUUGUAAAAAAUAUAUCAAAGCCAUUGGCGAUGGAAUACAGAAAGAUAUGAAAGAGAAAUUCGACAAAAAUAGUGUUCUACGAAUGGCAUUUGUUGCCUAUAGGGAUUUUAACGGCUCAAACCGUUUUGAUACUAUCGAUUUCCAUCAGGCGCCUAAUAUUUAUCCAGUUGAAACCAAAAUUGCUAGUCAACAAGCUACUGGUGGUGCCGAUCUAUGUGAAGAUGUUCAAGGUGGAUUAGAUAAAGCAUUGAAAUUGAGUUGGACAAAGGAUGGUAGUUCACGAGCAGCACAGAUUUUAGUGUGGGUCGGUGAUUGUCCUGGACAUACAUCGUUUUGUCAUAAUGGAGGUUCUGGGUGGGAUAGCUAUCUUGGUGGUUUACCGGAUGUUCCUUUAAUGGCUUUUUCUGUAAUCGGAACAAUAAAUGUCAUAUCAGGAAAUGGAAUUUCUAAUCGUAUGCAAGGAACUUAA